AUGGCAAGCCCCAAAGGAGUUCAGCCGCGGCAGCAGGCUCCGAACACGAACAUCACAGGCAGCCAUGUGAAGAUGCCGGCAAUGGAGCCCAUGGACGGCGCACCGCCAGCUAUUGCCAUUGUGGGAAUAGGACUGAAACUCCCAGGUGGAAUCACAACAACUAACGAAUACUGGGAUCUCCUCAUAAACAAAAAGAAUACACGACGACAGGUCCCUGAGAAUCGAUAUGGAGCACACGCCUUCGAGAGCAAGCUGGGAACGCCUGGAACGAUGAAAAGCACAUACGGACACUACUUGGACCGCGAUCUGGAGAAAUGGGACGCGUCGUUUUUUUCGAUGAGCAAAGCAGAAGUUGAGAAGCUCGAUCCGCAGCACAGACUGCUGCUAGAAGUGAUUUGGGAAUGCAUGGAGAACGGGGGACAGAAGAACUGGCGCGGCCGCAAUAUUGGUUGCUACGUUGGUGUCUUUGGUGAAGAUUGGCUAGACCUAUAUGCCAAAGACCCUCAGCAUCUAGGCACACAUCGAAUCUUGACCGGAGGAGAUUUUGCACUAUCCAACCGCGCCUCCUAUGAGUAUGAUUUGAGAGGUCCUAGCAUGACUAUUCGUACUGCGUGCUCGUCUUCACUCGUUGCACUCCACGAGGCUUGUCAAGCCAUAUACACCGGCGAGUGUGAGUCUGCAGUUGUUGCUGGAACCAGUCUGUUCCUAUCGCCGACCAUGACAAUUGCCUUAUCCGAACAAGGAGUUCUCUCACCGACGGGCUCAUGUAAGACGUUUGACGCCAAAGCAGACGGAUACGCUCGCGGCGAAGCAAUCAAUGCGGUUUUCAUCAAGAAGCUCGACGAUGCGAUUCGCGACGGCGAUCCGAUCCGAGGUGUCGUCCGGGCGACGGCCACAAACUUUGACGGCAAAACCAUUGGCAUUACCAAUCCCAAUCAAGAGGCGCAUGUAGCUCUCAUGCGUCGUGCUUAUAACGUGGCCAAGAUCUCGAAUAUUAGCGAUACAGCUUUUGUCGAAUGUCAUGGGACAGGCACGUCGGUCGGCGAUCCGAUGGAAACAGGAGCAGUAGGCCGGGUCUUUGGCGAUCAUGGUAUAUACAUCGGCUCGGUGAAACCAAACAUUGGCCACGGAGAAGGCGCAUCUGGUUUGAGCAGCUUGAUCAAGGCUGUCUUGUCUCUAGAACAUGAGACAAUCCCACCACAGAUCAACUUCUCUGAGCCUAGUCCAAAAAUAAAAUGGGAUAAAUACCAUUUCAAAGUCCCAACAGAGCCAACUCCAUGGCCAAAAGAUCGCUUGAAGCGUGUAUCAGUGAAUUGCUUUGGCGUGGGAGGUGCUAACGCUCAUGUUAUUGUUGAUUCAGCGAGGCCAUACAUCUCACAAGAAGAAAGAGUUUCUACCAAGAAUCCCCAGUUACUGGUCGUUUCCGCCCAUCAGGCCACUUCGUUGAAAGAAAGAGCAUCAGAUAUCUUUAAUUAUGCUGAACGGCAUCCAGACCGAGUGCCAGAUCUCGCAUACACCCUGGGAGCGAGAAGAGAAGACCUAAGCCAGAGAGCCUUUGCUAUUUAUGAUGGUGUAAACCCUCCUGACCUUUCCCCCAUCAUCAAGCACAAGGACCCUCCCCAGGUAAAUUUUGUCUUUACCGGACAAGGGGCUCAAUGGGCGAGGAUGGGUGCCGACCUUCUCGAACAAUAUCCCGCCUUUCAACAAGAUAUACGAAAAAUGGAUGCUACUCUCAAGACCCUGCCCCAUCCCCCUCAAUGGACAAUAGAGGAAGAGCUCAAGCGACCUCAAGGAGAAAGCCAAAUUCAACAACCCGAGUUCUCACAACCGAUCUGCACCGCUCUUCAAAUCGGUAUUGUCAAUCUUCUUAAAGAAUGGGGCGUCAACCCUGCGGCCGUGGUCGGCCAUUCCAGCGGCGAGAUGGGUGCCGCCUAUGCAGCCGGUGCUCUGACUCUCGAAGCAGCCAUUAUAAUCGCUUACUAUCGCGGGCAAGUGACGCAACAUCAUGGAAGGCUCGGUGCAAUGGCAGCCGUUGGUCUCGCCUACCAAGAUGUAACGCCCUAUCUCCAGGACGGCAUUGUGGUGGCGUGUGAGAACAGUCCCAAGAGUGUGACCAUUUCAGGAGACGUGGAACCCUUAGAUGAGGCGAUUUCUCGUAUCAGCAAAGAUAUGCCCGACUGUUUUGCUCGCAAGCUGAGAGUUGAGAGAGCUUACCAUUCUCAUCACAUGCGUGAGAUUGGCGAUAGAUACGAGAAGCUGCUCGAUGGCCUCGUGAAAGAUGCAAAGCCCACUGUGCCCUUCUUCUCCAGCGUCACCAAAAGGCAGAUCAAGAGAGCUGGACAGCUGGGUCCAUCUUACUGGAGACAGAAUCUAGAAAAUCCAGUCUUGUUUUCGUCAGCUGUACAGCUUAUGAUGCUCUCUGCAAUUAGAGAUAUGGUCUACCUUGAAAUAGGCCCCCAUGCCGCUCUCUCUGGUCCGCUUCGAGACAUCUUCAAGUCCAUCCAGAUGCCCGGUGCAUCGACCUACAUCCCAACACUCAUUAGAGACGAAAGUGGUCCCAAGUCGAUACUCAGCUCUCUCGGGCGUCUAUAUCAAGAGGCUGCCCCUGUCGACAUUGCAGCUACAACGACAGGCCGCAAUGUGUUAACAGAUCUUCCUAAUUAUGCUUGGCAACAUGAUACCACGUACUGGUAUGAGAGUCGAGUUUCACGAGAAUGGCGCCUUCGCAAAUUCCCUCCUCAUGAACUCCUUGGAAACCGCAUUCUCGAAGCUGACGAUUUGGAGCCUUCUUGGAGAAACAUGUUUCGUUUGGAUAAUGUGCCCUGGGCUCGAGAUCAUAAGAUCCAAGAUGACAUUGUACUUCCCGCUGCUGCUUAUAUCGCAAUGGCUAUCGAGGCUGUAAGACAGCUCAAAGGUGGCGACGAAACGGAUGCAUCUCUAAGACAAGUGGAGAUUCAAAACGCCUUGGUAUUAAAGGAACAACAAGCGCACGAGAUUAUUACGCAUCUCUGUCCAGUUCGGCUCACCUCGAAGCUUAACUCUGUCUGGUACAAGUUCUCCAUUUCAUCUUUCAAUGGCACUUCCUGGACCAAGCACUGUACUGGAAAAGUCCGAGCAGGCAAAGAAAUCAGUGCCGGCUCCGAAGAUGUUUGUGAACAGCCGCGCCAAGUUUCCACUAUAGGAUGGUACCGUGCCAUGAAGAAAGUUGGACUGAAUUACGGCCCCGAUUUCCAGGGUUUAUCCAACAUUUCAGCUCACCCAGGGAGAAAUACUGCCGCUUCUGAUAUUAGGAAUCGCGAUCCAACAAUAGGUCCUUAUUACCCCUUGCAUCCCAGUAUAAUUGACCUCGUACUACAAGCCUUUACAGUAGCGAUUGCUGAUGGGUUAACUCGCAAACUUAAACAACUUUGUGUCCCGACCUAUAUCGAUGAGCUAUACAUCAACAAUGGUCAGCCAGAAAUGCGCCUCGGAACGGCUGCGGUAUCAAGCGCAACAGGAGCAAUUCGCGGCUCCGCUACUAUCAUGGCUGACAGUAAAGUGAUCUUGAGUCUAAGAAAUGGAGAGUUUAGUCCUCUAGAGAAUGGCGAUAUGGAUGAAGCUGGUCCACUGCCAGCCGCUCACUUACACUGGAAACCCCACGUCGAUCUCAUUGCUCCAAACAACCUUAUACAAUCAGUUCGCUCACCUCCAGGCGAAGUAUCAAAAGUUGAAAAGUUGGCUCUUUUAUAUCAGUUGGAUGUACUUCGACGAAUGGAGCGCCUCCCAACCUCUGCCCACCUGGCACACUUUCAUAAAUGGCUCACUAAGCAACGGACAAAGGCUCUCAAUGGGAAUUACGAGAACGUCCCGGAUUGCGCACGUCUCGCUCGUCUCAGUUCGAAAAAAGUGAAAACAGAAAUCGACGCUACAAAGAAGCUCCUCCUCCACACUAGCUGUGCCAAAAUUUCUCUGCUUCUCAGUCGACUGGCUACAGCAGCUGAGGCAAUCCUCAAAGGCCUACAGAACGCCAAUGAAAUACUCAAACAAGAUGGAUAUUUUAGUGACUUGUGCAAUUUCAUCAGUGGAAAGAGUGAUAUAUCGGUGCUGCUCAGCUCUUUGGCUCAUAUCAAUCCAACAAUGACGGUCUUGGAGCUUGGAUCUGGGUCCACCAAUACCACCGCCGCAGCUAUGAAAGCCCUCGUGAACUCGACUGGCGACCGCAGUUAUAGCAAAUACGUCUACACGGCCCAAAACGAAGAAACUAUCCAGCUUGCAAGUAAGGAACUGGAAGGCUACGAAAAUAUUGAGUACAAGAUCUUGGACAUCUCCAAAGAUCUCAAAGCGCAAGGAUUUGAUCCUUCUUCAUUCGACUUCAUCAUUGCCAAUAGAACCCUGCAUUUAUCUUCUCAUAUUCAAGAUACCCUUCAGAACAUUCAUAAACUCAUCAAAACAAAUGGUCGCUUACUUAUCCAAGAGCUGUCACCUAAUGCGAACUUUUAUAAAUUUAUAAUGGGCUUCACUCCCGAGUGGUGGAAUAACAUGGAAGAUGGUCGCACAGACAAGCGACUGCAUGAGGCACACGAGUGGCAUAACCUUCUCAUAGAUGGCGGAUUUUCGGGGAGCGAAGGUCUGAUUAUGGACGAUGACCGCAUUACGGCGACCAUUCUCACUACUGUAGCUACUCCCAUUCGCGAGCCUGGAAAGGUCACUCUUCUUGGACAUCCAUAUUCCCAGGAUCACACAGACGCCCUUUCCGAGUUACUGAGUGAGAUAGGCUACGAAGUUGAAUUCCGUACUCUAUCACAAGAGCCUGAUCCAGAGGCAGAUGUCAUCUCUCUUUUAGACCUUCACGACACAAUGUUCUUUGAGAUGACUGAAGACACCUUCACCUCAUGGCAGAACUAUCUUGGCAAGUUUCCUGCUGAAAGAGGGCUGUUGUGGAUUACCGGACACGCCCAAGUCGGAUCACAAGAUCCCCGGUAUGCAACUUCCAUUGGCGCAACUCGAAAUAUCAGAUCCGAGCUUUCACUGGACUUUGCCACGUUAGAAAUGGACUUGGCAAAUUUUGAGGCGGAAAGUAUUCUACAUGUUUUCCACAAUUUCCGCAAUAGAGCCAAGGAUGAUGAGUUUGAUCCUGAUUGGGAGUACGCAAUUGUCAAUGGAAGGGUUAUGAUACCACGAUAUCAGUGGAUAGAUAUCGCAGAACAUGCUGGAGAGACACCUUUUACAAAAUCUACGUCUCACAAAAAGCUCGAAAUUGCGCGUAUGGGCCAACUACAAACGCUUCAGUGGGCAGAAGACGAAACAAAACUACUUCGGGACGGCCAAGUCGAGAUUGAGCCCCGUGCUAUUGGUAUGAACUUCAAAGACGUUCUUGUUGCCAUGGGCAUUGUUGAAGGCUACAAACCAGGCCUCGGAAUUGAGUGUUCCGGAAUCGUCCGGAAAGUUGGCAGAAAUGCUACAGGACUUUCACCAGGAGAUCGAGUAAUGACCAUUGGUCACGGAUGUUUUACAACAAGCUUCAUCUCGGAAGCAAGUCUUGUGGUCAAAAUUCCCGACAACCUCAGUUUUGAAGAUGCCGCUACAGUUCCAUGUGUUUAUGCGACUGCAAUCCAUGCACUCAUCAAUGUGGGUGGAUUGUGUGAGGGCAUGUCCGUUCUCAUCCAUUCUGCUUGCGGUGGUGUUGGUAUUGCAGCACUCAACAUCUGUAAAAUGAUGGGUGCCGUUAUAUACGCCACUGUCGGCAAUGCUGAGAAAGCCCAGUAUCUGAUUGAGAAUUUUGGGGUUCCUCGCGAGCACAUCUUUAAUUCUCGUGAUAUCUCAUUCUACGGGGAUCUCAUGGCCGUUACUAAUGGUCAGGGUGCUGAUUUGGUGCUCAAUUCUUUAUCAGGAGAGUUGUUACACACUUCAUGGAAGUGUGUCGCUCCGUUUGGGAAAAUGCUCGAGAUUGGAAAACGCGACUUCAUCGGUCGAGGGCAACUUGGGAUGAGACUAUUCGAGUCCAAUCGCUCAUUUCAUGGCAUUGACAUGUCGCAAAUGGCUGUUGAAAGGCCAGACGUUUGUAAGAAGAUCUUGCAACAGUUCAACAAGUACUAUGAAAAGGGUACUAUCAAGCCUAUCGCACCUUUGAAGCGCUUUGAGGCUGCGGAUAUCGUUGAGGCUUUCCGAUACAUGCAAAAGGGCCAGCAUAUUGGCAAGAUUGUCGUAUCUAUGCCAGCAGACCCAUCAAAGCUCCAAUCAGCAGCAAAGCCUCUGCCUGUAAAGUUCAAAUCCGACAGGACGUACCUGUUAGUAGGAGGACUCGGCGGCUUAGGUAAAUCUGUCUCCAACUGGAUGGUAGAAAACGGUGCUCGUCACAUAAUGUACUUGUCACGAUCUGCCGGAGAUUCUGAACAAGAUAAGAGGUUCAUCAAAGAGAUCGAAUCACAAGGGUGUGAGGUCCAGGCUAUUAAAGGGAGCGUCACAAGCCUGCAAGAUGUUUACCGAGCGGUGGAACAGGCGACAAUGCCAAUCGCGGGCGUUCUCUUAAUGACCAUGGUUCUGAGAGACCGUGGUAUUCUACAGCUCUCUCACGAAGACUGGUUUACGGCCGCCGGACCCAAAGUUGACGGCGCCAUCAAUCUCCAUCAAGCUUUGGAACACUGUGAUUUGGACUUCUUCACCUUAUUCAGCUCCAUAUCCUAUGUCGUAGGUCAAGUGGGCCAGGCAAACUACUCAGCAGCCAAUGCUUACUUGACGGCGUUUACGCAAUUUCGUCACCAACAGGGUUUGCCUGCGGGUGUAGUGAAUGUAGGUGUUGUGGACGAUAUUGGGUACGUGGUUGAGAAUCCGGCCCUCUUGGAGCAGUUCCGCGCCCUCAACUUCUAUACAAUGGGCGAAACCGAACUCCUCGAUGCCCUCGCGUAUACCCUGUCUCAUCAACACCCAGCAGCUUCCUCUUCGGACGAUGGCUUCUUUAACCCAGCGGAGCUCACCAUCGGCCUCAAGAGCACGAAGCCGCUCUCCGAUCCUAAUAACCGCUCUAUUUGGAAGCGCGACCGACGCAUGGCCCAAGCACAUCUCCGAGAUGCCGGUGCAACUUCCGGUGCUUCAACCGGAUCUGAGGACUUUGGUCAGUUCAUGAAGAGCGUCAACGCCAGCCCCUCGCUGCUUGAUACACCGAGCAAUCUCGAUUUUCUGACAGCUCAGAUUGGCACGUGUAUUUACAAUCUCAUGUCACGAGAUGCCAAGGAACUGGACCUUAGCCUAAGUUUGACCCAACUUGGUGUUGAUUCGCUUGUUGCCCUCGAGAUUCGUAAUUGGUGGCGCCGUACACUUGGAGUCAACGUCAGCGUGCUCGAGUUUAUGGGUGCUGGAAACAUAGAACAUUUGGGCAAAUUAGCUGCCAAGGGCAUAAAAGAAGCGCGCAGAGCCGCAUAG